UGUGUGAAUGGACUCGAGUCGUCGGCAGCUAACAUGUGAACUGGAAUUACUCACUGCAAUCUCCUGUACGCGUCUUCCUAAAGGAUCCAUUAAAAUGGAGAAUUUUGCCAUAACAUGAUCGAAUGAUGUCAUCUUGACAGAAUUGAGCAGAGAAUCUCUAGUUUUUGUGCCUGGAUAUUAUAAUCAUACUUCAUUUUCUGCUAUGCCAAGUGAUAUAUCGUGAUAAUCAUGCACAAAUAUCGGGUUUUAGGAAAGAAAGGUGAAGGCACUUUCUCAGAGGUGCUAAAAUGCCAGAAUAUACAAGAUGGGACUUACUAUGCUUGCAAGAAAAUGAAACAAAACUAUCAAAGUUUGGAGCAAGUUAACAACCUCAGAGAGAUUCAAGCCAUGAAGAGGCUAAGUCCUCAUGCCAACAUCUUGGAACUUAAAGAAGUAAUCUUUGACAGAAAAACAGGAAACCUGUCGUUAGUAUGCGAGCUUAUGGACAUGAACAUCUAUGAAUUAAUACGAGGGAGACGGCACUACCUGCCCCAAGAGAAAGUUAAAAAUUACAUCUACCAAUUGAUCAAGGCAUUAGAACAUAUGCAUCGGAAUGGAAUAUUUCACAGAGAUGUCAAACCAGAAAAUAUUCUUAUCAGGGAUGAUCAUUUGAAGCUAGCAGACUUUGGUUCAUGUAGAAGUGUGUAUUCUAAGCAGCCAUUCACAGAGUACAUCUCAACAAGAUGGUACCGUGCUCCAGAGUGCUUGCUCACAGAUGGCUACUACUCCUAUCAAAUGGACAUGUGGAGUGUAGGAUGUGUCUUCUAUGAAAUACUCAGCUUACAUCCCUUAUUCCCUGGUGCCAAUGAGGUAGAUCAGAUUGCAAAGAUCCAUGAUGUCAUGGGGACACCAGAUGCUACCAUACUCAACAAAUUUAGGAAUAAGGCGAGAGGCAUCAACUACAACUUCCCUUCCAAGAAGGGUUCGGGUAUAGAGAAGCUGUUGCCCAACGCCACCAAGCAGACCCUGGAAAUAAUGAACAAACUCUGUACCUAUGAUCCUGAUGAGAGAAUAACAGCCAAGCAGGUCAUCAGGCAUGCAUUCUUCAAAGAUCUCAGGGAUGCAGAUAAGAGGAAGCAGCAUGUGGAGAAGAAGAAGCUGUCGCUUGGGGAUCAGGGGUCAGUCAUAUCAGAGGACACCGCCAAGGAGAGUCAUGUGGAGGGCAAAGAUGGCGACAAUGAUAACCAUAAAGCUGUUAGGAAAGCAAGGAGGAAAAGUAAGCUUCAUGAAAGCGAGAACUACUCCAGUACAUUACUGCCCAAGGUUCAGAACAACAAGAUGGUCGGUCACAGUAUCAGUAACUACCCGACGCAGACGUUUGGUUCCACCAGCUUUCCGAAGCUACACACCAACAACAACAGACACCAACAGAGUAUGCUGCCAAGUAUAGCCAAUACACAUUACAACAAGCAUCAUCAUACAACAAAGACAUUCCAACCUGCAGCAUCGAAGAAUGUAUAUGGACACUUUCAGCUGCCAUCAAUAUCAAAAAGCAAGGAAGCUCAGUUCUGAUCAAGCUAAUGUUUAAGAGAUACAGACUCUUCACCAAAGCAAAUGGAAUAAAGUGCCUUUUGAUAGCAACUGUGUUGCUUAAAACAAUGACUGUGCUAUAGAGAUCAAAUCUUGAGAAAUUUUAUUUUUGAUGCUGAGUGUCCAAGAUGUUGAGGGGUAAGGAGGGACCAACAUACCCCUGUGUGAUUAUUCCUGAAUAUCAUCUGUGCCAUGAGGAUCAAAUAGAGAAAGGUUUUAGAGUCAUGUGCCGUGGGUUGCUUUGGCAGAACAUUUAGGAAUCAUUGUAUCCCACCGCUGCCACCAGUAUAUCCUACUGCUGCCACCAGUAUAUCCUACUGCUGCCACCAGUAUAUCCUACUGCUGCCACCAGUAUAUCCUACUGCUGCCACCAGUAUAUCCUACUGCUGCCACCAGUAUAUCCUACUGCUGAUCAUCAGUAAUUCCUACAGCUGCCACCAGUAUAUCCUACUGCUGCCAACAUGUUGGAAGACACAAACUACAGUAUGCACCAUGCUCAUAAGGAUCAUGGCUUGUGGAUGAGGGCACCAAACUACCUCUUAGAGAUGAAGCCUUAAAGCUCAAGUUGGUUUAGAACAACUUGAACCCUGAAUAUGUCUUGAAGAUGUAGCUUUUUGUUGAUAGAUCUGCUCCACCGGAAGUACUCCCAUAAAUUAGCAGGGAGGGAACCCUAUAAGAGAUCUGACAUGUGCAGGUCAUCAUUUCUCAGUCAUCUCUGCUUUUAGAAAUGAAAUUCACUCUGAUUUGUGUAAGGAGUGAGUGUCAUUCUGGAAUUUGCGGUAUAUAUAGUGAAAUAAAACACUUGUGAGACAAUCGGCAUAAGUAAGUCAAAAUGUGGUGCAGAUAAAGUGUUGCGUCAUUUUUUUUAUAAUGUUGCAGGACAAAUUUGGACAUAUCCGAGAUUUGGACAAAUUAUUAAAAAAAUUCUUCAUGUUUUCACUAUAUUGAUCUUAAUAUCAGUAGAUACCUGACAAGAGUUUUACAGGAAAUUCAUGCAAGCUUAGUGAUCUGAAGUCCACCAUUUUAGUAAUUGUCACAAACAGUAUGUACAAAUGUGUUCAAGACAAGCAACCAUGACAAAAAGAUUCUGUAUUGAAAGCAAUGCAUUCGUUAUCUACAAAUGAGACUCGAGAGAUCCACCUUAUUUUUUUAUUGAUAGUUGAUAUUAAUAGUAUAUUGAUUGGUAAUUAAAGUGAGAUUGGAAAGGGAAAUGAAUAUUUCAAAAUAAAUGAAUUGCCAAAUUGAUAUUUGCAUGCUUUAAAAAUACCUCAUUGCACACUUGUGCCUGAACUAUAGUUAACCUACUAUAUAUGAAAGUGAAUGCAUCAAUUGAAAGAAAAAACAUUGUCAGAAAUAUUUAUUUGAUUUUCAAUAAAACUGGAAUAUAGAAAAUACAUUAUUACAUUUAAUCAAACAGAAAACAUAUUAUUCACACAAAAACACUCUUACACCUGUAAAUGUUUAUUCCGUUCUUUAACUAAAAGAUGUGACUACAAACAAUGUUUUAAUGGAAUUUGGAGCAAAUAUGAACAUUGAAAAUAUUGUAUUAUAAAUUCUAAAGAUCAAGAUUUGAAUCAUGCUGCAUGUAUAAUUGGACCGUGUUUUUUUCCUUUCUAUCAUCUUUAUAUUUUUUUUGAACACUUCAAAAAUAAGACAUAAAGUUCAGUCAACAUUAAUAACGUUAUUCAACACCUUAUCUAGUUAUAAAGGCAACAUAAGGUAUGACAUCAAUUUGAAUUUAGCAAUAAGAUAGAAAACAGCUACGGUAUAUAAGAAAUUGCAAUGUAUUGAGCAACUUUACACUAUUUUUUUAAAACCUGCAUAAUUUAUCUUAAAAGUUAAUGUGGAUGGUUAUCGCACUUAAGAAAAAGUUUCAUUGAGGAUAUGAACAACAUAUGAAUACAAUUAUACCAGAUCUCUAACAAAAUUGAACAAAUUCAUUCACAAAUGGUUAUUUUAAUGAAAGACAAUGUAAAGCAGCUGCUGUUUUUGUUAUCAAAGGAGUUUGAUAUUUUCAUAUCAUUGUGGGGGUAAUUAAUUUUGUAGCAUGUUCCCCAAUCUAUGUUCUUGCCUGAAAUUACAAUAAUCUUGUAAAUAUACAGUAUACAUGUAUUUCCAAGUGACAAGAUGUGAAGGACUUUUUACCUGUAUAAAAAAUAGUCUAAUGUUCAAAGUGUGUGUACAGAGAAAUGAACAAGAUACAACAAAUUUGUUCUAGUAUAUGUUUAUAUGUGAGAUGAAAUGUACAAUUUUGCAAACAAAUCAAAUAAAUUCAUUUGAUGCAGUCCUGUUUCUGAGAAA